UCCGUUCAUAGUCAAUAUGAACGGAUUGUGCCGCGAGCUGAAAUUGGUUGGUUCAUAGAGGAAAAUGCAAUUCGUAAUAUAAAUAUAUAUUGUGCCGUUACCGGUUUUCGAUAGUAUCCUAAUUUCGAUAGGUUUUUAUUUUUAACGAUCAUUCGGAAAUCGUGACGUCAUUUUUCGGAACUUUUUCCUCAUAAUCAGCGUCAGUAGCAACAAGUGUCAGAUAGCCGAAAAUAUCAAGAAUUAUGCCUUUCAGAGAGGUAAGACUACAAUUCUAUAUGCAUAGGUUCAGAAAACGCCAUGUUUCCUUAAUGCAAAAAAAAAAUCACACUAAAACCCCAACCAUUUUUAGUUGAAAACAACGCCUAAUCGAGAUAUGCUGUCGUCUGAUGAUCAACUCAACGUUAUGUUCUAAAAAUAGAUAAGCCUCACUUUGGGUAAACUCUCGCUUCAAAAUAAAAACUAUGGAAGCGCGUUAUAGUCAUAUUACCAUACAUUUUGAAAAAAAUAUCUUUGCUUUAAAAUUUGUUUUUAUUGAUACGUUGUUUAUUUGUUUGCAGAUAUUAAUUCAUUGUUUAUUUGUUUACAGAUAUUUUCCGUCCAGAGAGGAACUUAUAAGAAUUAUGGUCCAGAAGCAUUAGACAAUGCAUUCCAGGCGGUUAAAGAUGGUAUGAGUGUCCAUGGUGCAGCCAAACGUUUUCAAGUCCCCUUAACAACUUUAAGAGAUAGGGUAGAUGGACGUAUUAGUAUUGAGUGUGUCUCGUCAGGACCUCCACCACUGUUUACACAGGAACAGGAAUCCUACAUGGUAGAGCAUGUGAAGACCAUGUCAGAGAUAGGAUAUGGAUACACUCGGGCAGAAGUGUUGAAUCUAGCAUCUGAUUAUGCUGCAGAUCUAGGUAUCAGAGAAAAGGGUAAAGACUUGACAAUGAAGUGGUACUACAACUUCAUGAAAAGGUGGCCUGAACUUCAUGCCGUGAAACCAUCAGGAUUAUCAGAACUUCGAGCAAAAGCUGCGUCACCAGAAUGCAUCAAGAAGUACUUUGAAGAACUAGAAACUAUCAUUGACAGACAUGGACUGAGGGAUAAACCCCAACAUAUAUUCAAUGCUGACGAAAAAGGAAUCAAUACUGGUGGAUCAAAGCCUCCAAACAUCAUUUCAGCUAAAGGGAUGCCAGCACAAAUCGUGACUUCUGAGAGACCACAAACAAUAACUGUACUAGGGUGUGGUAAUGCUUUGGGAUCCAGUAUUCCUCCCUAUCUGAUGUUUCCAGGUAAGCGAGUGCUACCGGAACUAUUUGACGGUGAUACUACUGGCCGUGAUGGAUCCAUGAGUGAUACAGGCUAUUCUAAUACUGACAUUUUCAAUAGUUAUAUUAAGAACCACUUCACCAAAUAUGUCCAGUCUAGGAACCCAGAGCAGCCAAUUCUUCUUUUGUAUGAUGGACACAGAAGCCAUACUUCUUUAUCUUUAAUCCAAUGGCCUCGUGAAAAUAACAUUAUUCUUUUUGUAUUGCCGCCACACACUAGUCACCUUUUGCAGCCGAUGGAUGUUGGAUGUUUUGGGCCAUUUGAGACCUUGUAUCAGCAGGAAGCUCACAAAUUUAUGCGCCAAAGUGUUGGUCGCUCUGUGACAAGAUAUGAUGUGUGCAGGAUGGUGUGAAAAGUGUAUGAUACAGCCCUUAGUCCUCAGAAUUUAAGAUCAGCCUUCAGGAGAACUGAUAUAUACCCUCUGAAUUCAUCAUCAAUCAGUGAAAACAAGACUCUACCAUCUCUUGUAUACAAAGGCAAGGCAGACAUCAUCAAUGCUCAAACAACAUCUGAAACCACUGAUGAGAACAUUUCAGCUACAGCCGAAAGUUUUUUUAACAAACGUGGGGGAGAAGUUCUAUUAGCUGCUGGGAAGGCCAAGAAACCAAGAAGAAAUCUGAGUACCAUCAUUGCUGGGAAAGCCAUCACAGAACAAGAAGUGUUUGAAAAAAUUCGGGAUUACAAUGAAAAGUCAACAGAAAAAUCAAUCAAAGGGAA